UAAGACCAGCCCAUAAGCAGAAAGAAAAUUCUCCUCAAUCACCGUCCAGCCUCAAUAUUUCCGGCGGAGGCGCCCCUUCCGCCUCGCAACCACCGCUUCACAGACGAAACUAACCGGCCACCGCCUUUGCUCAAAGUCAAGCUAAGGUCUAACCUUAACUAGUUUUCCGCAUUUGGGUGUAGAAGAUGGUCAAGUUCUCUUUUUCUAAUUCACGAUAUACUUACAUGAAUGAGUCUGAGUGGCCCUCUGAAGCAGUUGGGAUUCACCACAUUGUUGUUCAAAGGAGUUUUCUAAGGGGCUUCUGUGUAUCUGCUCUUCUGGGAAAUGGGGUGUAUCUCCUCCUUGUAAAGGAAAAUUCGGUUCCUGUUCUUUUCUGGAGCUUACUCUUGACUGAAUUCCUUCUAAUGUUCUUGCUUUGGAAUCCCGUUUACAAAGAAUCUGUCAUUAUUAUGCCGGCUUUUGGAGUUCAGCUUGAAACUCACUAUUCAAGUGGAAGAAUUGUCCAUAAUUUUGUUCCUGUUGGCAAGAUUUUGAAACCCGUGCUGGUGGAGUGUGUGACUCCUGUAACUUGUUACUGGAGCCUAUCUUUGAUUGUGCGAGGGGAAGAAGAGCUGAUGUUAGCAUUUAUGGUAAAGCAACAUAACUUAUUCAUUUUAACCUCCUGAACUUCCUUAAUUGAUUUGAAAAUCACAUACGCAAGAUGAAAAAAUGUGGAAGAGAGGAAGCAUUUUAGGUGUUCCCAAGUGAAAACACCAUGACUCAUGCCCCAGUGCAAAGAUAUUAAUAAAUGGAGGAUUAUUUACAAACUUGUUUCAUGGAUGUUUCAAGCAUGGUUGUACAUCACUUUUGGGUAAAUAUAGUAAUAUACUUUUAUGUUUGAUUUUUGUCUUUUAAUUUUUCUGUUAAUCUUGAUUCCAUUGUGAAGAAGCUCCGUCCUCCAUUGAAGAUGUUGGUUCCCAUCUGGAAGUCCUUAUGUGCUGCCAUUGAUUGCCGAAGAAGAUCAACCACAUUUAGAGAAGAUGGUUGAUGCCACUGAAAGUUUCACAUCAGCAUGUUUGUUGCAUGCCAAUUAGCAGAGAGGAUGAAUGCUGUUUCUUGUCAAGCUCCACAAGACAACAACUUAUCCAUUCCAUAGAAGAUCAUGACCACUUUUAACAGGAUCAAGAAGUGGACUUGUGAACUUUAGAACUCAAUGAGAGAAGAUAAGGCCUUCACCAGAAGGUUUUGAAGAGUCUGUGAUCACCAUUGCCACCCUGCAUUUAUUUGUGCAAUUGGAGCUCUUGCCCUGUUUGCCCUGCCUUGUCCUCCAACAUAACUCUCACAGGGAUGAUCUGUAUUUAUUCCCACUGUAGUUUUUCCAAGUAACCUUGGGAUUUUUUUUUUUUAUUAUUUUACUUUGUAGUUCAGGUGAACUGAGGCGAAUUUGCAC